CAUCACUUCGAAUCAUCGCUGCUUUUGAUUGGCUCCCAGAGCAAGUCCGCCUUGAUGCAACCAAUCGGGAUGCUCCGUUCACCCGGCUCAGUUAUGGUGGACGCGAUGUCUCGGAGAGGGUGAAUAUACCCAAGGGGAAAAGAACUCCCCCCUAAAACCAAAACAAAACACCAUACACUCCAACAACCUGUAAUCAUUUAUUGAAGCAGGAUGACCGACAGUAACCGGCAGUUCUGGAAGAGGAGUGCCAAACUACCGGGCAGCAUACAGCCAGUGUAUGGAGCUCAGCACCCACCGCUAGACCCUGUGCGCCUUAAGAGUAUAUAUUUGGACAGUUCCUUGCAUGAACGUUCCAGGGUGCCCCCAUUUCAUCCAAAGAGCAGAAAAGCCUCCAGUUUCCAUGAAUUUGCAAGGAAUACAAGUGAUGCCUGGAAUAUUGAAGAAGAUGAGCGAGAUGAGGCUCAACAUCCGCCUUUUUAUCAGACUCUCAACUCCAGGGUGGCUGAGGUGACUGCUGUGAAGGUCAUUGAGAGUCACUUCAAACUUCAAGAAGAAAACCGCUGCCAAGCCUCUUCUGUUAUAAAAUCCAUGAGUGAAGAUCAGCUGCACAGGAUAACUGCAGAUGACUUAAUAUUACGGAAAUCUCUGCAGAAGCAACAGUCACUUCCACUUCGCCCUAUUAUCCCCCUUGUGGCCAGGAUUUCUGAUCAGAAUGCGUCUGGUGCACCUCCAAUGACUGUAAGAGAAAAAACACGACUUGAAAAGUUCAGGCAGCUGCUGUCCUGCUCCAACACUGAUCUCGAUGAGUUAAGGAAAUGUAGUUGGCCAGGUAUCCCUCGUGAAGUGCGUCCCACUACUUGGAGACUUCUUUCGGGCUACCUUCCUGCCAGCCAGGAAAGACGCAUUCUCACGCUUCAACGUAAGCGUGAAGAAUAUUUUGGCUUCAUAGAACAGUAUUAUGACUCCAGAAAUGAGGAAAAUCACCAAGAUACAUAUCGUCAGAUCCAUAUUGAUAUUCCAAGGACCAAUCCCUUAAUUCCAUUAUUUCAGCAGCCAUUAGUUCAAGAGAUCUUUGAGAGGAUAUUGUUUAUCUGGGCAAUCCGACACCCAGCAAGUGGAUAUGUGCAGGGUAUCAAUGAUCUGGUGACUCCUUUCUUCGUGGUAUUCCUUACAGAGCAUGUGGAGGAAGACGUGGAGAAUUUUGAUGUGAGCAGCCUUUCUCAGGACACUUUGCGUAACAUUGAGGCCGACAGCUUUUGGAGUAUGAGCAAGCUUCUUGAUGGCAUCCAGGAUAAUUACACAUUUGCUCAACCAGGAAUCCAGCAAAAGGUGAAGGCACUGGAAGAGCUUGUGAGUCGAAUUGAUGAUCAAGUGCAUUGCCAUUUUAAGAAGUAUGAAGUGGAGUAUCUACAGUUUGCAUUUCGUUGGAUGAACAACCUUCUUAUGAGAGAGCUUCCAUUGCGUUGUACAAUCAGACUCUGGGACACGUACCAGGCAGAAUCUGAAGGAUUUUCUCACUUUCACUUAUAUGUUUGUGCUGCCUUCUUAAUCAAAUGGCGGAAGGAAAUUCUGGAUGAAGAAGAUUUCCAGGGCCUGCUCAUGUUACUUCAGAACUUGCCUACAAUCCACUGGGGCAAUGAAGAAAUUGGUCUACUUUUGGCAGAAGCAUAUAGACUGAAAUAUAUGUUUGCGGACGCUCCAAAUCAUUACCGACGGUAGAUGCCACUCACUGUGCUGCUUAUACGCCAGUUAUUGCUCCUCUCCUCAUCACUUACAUUUGGACACACUCCAUGUGUUUUAUGCCAGUAUCAUCAAAAUAUCUUUGCAUUUGAAGAAAGUCUAUACUAUUUUAAUCCUUUGCAAUAUUAUUUUACCUACACUUCCAAAUUAAUACUUGCCUGGUGAAAUGAACUUCCCUACAGAAAUUGUGUGUAUAUAUUUGGUCCUUUGUGUAUAAAAAUUAUGAUGUACAUUAUUGGAAUUUUCUGCUCGUUAAAUGUGACUGUUUAUCCCUCACCUUGCAAUGUGAGCAUUCAUGUUCUGCCAAUUACUGAUCAAAUAUGUAUAUAUUUGUAAAAUAACCACUUAAAAAGAUUAUUCAGUUUUUGGGGGGAAAAAAUCCAGCUUGAAAACCUGUGAAAAUUGUUUUACUCAGUCUAACUUGCUUUGAAGGGCUAACUUGCUCAGUCUAAACUGAAAACGUAAGUUUGCCAUUAAAUUACUCCAAUAUAAACUAGACUUGUAUAGAAAAUAUUUGAAGUAUUGAAAGUGUUUAUAUGUAUGACAUUUCAGUGCUUUUUUUUUUUUUUUGCGUGAAAUUUUAUCAGGCACAAUCAAAUAAAAAGAAAAAAGGUACAUUCAUUUAAAUAA